GCGGCGUUGGUUUUAAAAUAGAGAAACGUGCUACUCUUGUCAUCGUACCAAGCAUUCCACCCUAAUGAAAGGCUUAAUAUCUGUCAAAGAAAUACUUAUGAAUGUUUGAAAGCAAUAUUUUUUUAUUGUUUGACCUCUUUUCAGUUUAAGCAGCAAAAACAAAGGCGAAAUAAUCCUCGAUUCUUGAGUUCAGUCAAGCAAGUACCAACAAAAAAUGUGUUGCUGCUCUUCGAACCAUCUCUACUGUGUUCAAAUUGCUUGUCUCAAAACAUGGCGGAGGGUGGUUACUCAGUCGGUGACCCUGUAUGGGCCAAGCUGAAGGGUUUUUCUCCAUGGCCUGGAAAGAUUGCUGUUGCACCAGAUCACUUGAAAACUCCAUCCAAGAAAAAGGGCUAUUGUGUGUAUUUCUUUGGAACAGAAAACUAUGCAUUCAUCGAGACACAGUUUAUCAAACCAUUCAUCCCACACAGAGAAAAGCUCACCAAAGCCAACAAGUCAAAUCAAUUUAAGGAGGCAUUGUCUGUGAUUGAUGAGUACCUCAGGAAGAGGGAACUUGGAAUUGAGGAGGAUGACAGCCCUCCUGAAGGUAAUGGCGAGGAGGCGGCGCCGGAUUCGCCGGAAUCAGGCAGCAAGUCAGACGACGAGCUGCCCGCGGCCGGCGAGAAAAAGCCCUCCAAAACCGCCAAAACCACCGGCAAGCCCAGCAAAGCAAACAGCAAAGCAGCCAAUAAGGCAUCAAACAAGACGGCUCCCGAUAGGCCCGGCGCCGAAAACGCAAAGAAAAGGAAGCCCAAGGAAGCAAAGGACAAGAAGCCGGCCGUCAAGCGGAUCGCCUCGGAGGCCACCAUUUCGCCGGCGCCCAGUCCGGCCAAGCGCUCCAAGGAGACCGAUGACGAGAGCGACGCGUUCACUUCCCUCAUCAACCACAGUUCAGCACCGAGCAGCACGGCCGGCACCAAGCGGGUGGCCUCGCUGCUCGACCGACCCACGCUCGUCAUGAGGCCGGAGACGCCGCCGCUGGACGUGGAGCAGGUCUCGGCGGCGCUGAAGCAGAAAAACAUCCAGCCAUCCGAGCUGCGCUUCGGCGUGCUCGGCCUGGGCGUCAUGGGCUCCGGCAUCGUCAAGAACCUGCUGAACUCGGGCCACAAGGUGCACGUAUGGAACCGCUCCUCAGACAAGUGUGACGACUUUGUAAAGGCCGGCGCCGAGCGGGGCCUUACUCCCAGUGACGUCAUCAGUGCCGCUGACGUCACAUUCUGCUGUGUCUCCGACCCACAAGUGGCCAAAGACAUUAUAUUCGGCAACUGCGGCGUACUUCAGGAGAUCACUACCACCAAGGGCUACGUGGAAAUGACGGGCAUUGAUGCCGAAACCUCGCAGGACUUGGCCGAUGCGAUAGGUGCCAAGGGCGGCCGGUACAUGGAGGCGCAGGUGCAGGGCAGCAAACAGCAGGCCGAGGAGGGUACCUUGGUGCUGCUGGCUGCCGGCGACCGCUCCCUCUUCGACGACUGCCAGUCGUGCUUCCAAGCCGUCGGCAAAAACUCCUUCUAUCUCGGUGAGGUGGGCAACGCGUCCAAGAUGAAUCUGGUGCUGCAGCUGAUGACGGGCGUCUCGAUGGCCGGCCUGGCCGAGGGUAUGGCGCUGGCCGACCGCUCCGGCCUGCAGCAGAAGGACGUUCUGGAGGUGCUCGGUCUCACCACACUGGCCUGUCCGCUGCUGCUCGAAAAGGGCAGAGCCAUCAUCGAGGGCGGCUUCCAGACGCAGAUGGCGCUGAAGCACAUGCAGAAGGACCUGAAGCUGUCGCUGACCAUGUCGGACCAGCUGGAGCAGCCGUUGCCCCUGACGGCCGCCGCCAACGAGAUGUUCAAGCAUGCCAAGCGGGUGGGCUACGGCGACCAUGACGUGUCGGCUGUCUACAUCCGCGCCCGGUUCUGAGCGCGCCGCGCACCAGUACAAACUGCCGACUGGCUGGGACUCGCCGCGACCGGACGGCGGACGCACGACCGGCGCUGGGACAUCGGGCCCGUGACGAUUGCCGUGACAUUAGGACUGUGGUGGCGCCGUGACUCCGCGUGAUGUUCGACCCGUGACGGGCGCCGUGACGCCCAGUGACAAUACCGAGGGUCGCGAGUGGUUGUUCGGUGGCGCGACGUGCGGCGUCGGUGCCGUUUUAGAUAUGUUACCUGUGUGUGAGCGCGCUCGCUGUACAGUUGUCUGUCUGUGUGCGAGCCGGUGUCUGUUGCCGUUGCCGUACGGCUGUUGGCGGUGUGGUUGGUAGUGUACAGUCUAAGUUUCACCCGCUGCCGUACUGGCCGGGCCCGUGUGGUGGCCGUGCGCCCUGCGUUUCGUUCUCAGCUGUCGACGGCGAUAUUUUUAUACGUUCCCUUUGCCGGUGCAUGGACCCGGAGCCUUGACAGUCCGGUUGGAUUGAUACAUCUUUACAACACGUUCAUCGCCCGCCUUAUUUGAGGGCGGACAGAGCCCAGUUAAAUACAAACCCAUUGAGCACGGU